AUGGGCGCAAAUGAUGCCACAUACGGUGCUAUCAUUCCUUACCUUGAGGAAUACUACGAUCUAACAUAUGUUGUCGUCUCGCUGGUUUUCCUAUCUCCGAUGGGCGGAUACAUUAGUGCUGCACUCCUCAACAACUGGCUGCACAUCCACUUUGGUCAACGGGGCAUUGCUUUCCUUGGACCUGUUUUCCAUCUAGUAGCCUACGUAGGCAUCGCUCUCCAUCCGCCGUAUCCCGUUCUGGUGGUCUUGUUCAUCUUCUCGGGAUUUGGAAACGGCAUUGAAGACGCAGCCUGGAACGCGUGGGCAAGCAGCUUGGCCAAUGCGAACGAGGUUUUGGGAUUUGUACAUGGGCUAUAUGGGCUGGGGGCUUUGCUUAGUCCGCUCGCUGCUACUAGCUUGAUUGCGAAGCGUGGAUGGCAAUGGUAUCAGUUCUACUACAUCAUGCUCGGUGGCGCCUGCAUUGAGCUUGCGACAUCGCUUUACGCAUUCCGAUCGAGUUCAGGUCAAGUGUAUCGAGAAAAAUCGCUUCGCGCGAAUGCGGAAGGUGAGAGCCGUCUCAAGCAGGCACUCAGAAGUCGCGUCACCUGGACUGCCGCUGUCUUCCUUUUCGGGUAUGUCGGAGCCGGUGGAGCGCUUGGAGGCUGGAUUGUUACCUUCAUGCGCCGGGAAAGAGCAGGUGGCGAAUUCGAAUCUGGCAUUGUCGCGACCGGAUUCUGGACUGGCAUCGCUGCCGGCCGCCUUGUCUUGAGCUUCAUCACACCAAAGCUUGGCGAGAAGCUCGCUGUCCUGAUAUACAUUGUUAUCGCCAUCACAUGCCAACUUAUGUUCUGGCUCGUUCCAUCCUUCCACGUCUCAGCCAUCUUUGUCGCACUACAAGGCUUCUUCCUCGGUCCGCUCUUUCCAGCUGUCAUCGUCGCAGCGACUAAAGCUCUUCCGCCACAUCUCCAUGUCUCUGCGAUAGGCUUUGCUGCCGCGAUAGGUGUUGGCGGAGGUGCUGCGUUACCCUUUGCUAUCGGAUCGCUUGCUCAAACAAAAGGCCUUGGUGUCCUACAACCUAUCAUUCUGGCUGUUCUCGCAGCUCUCUUGGUUCUGUGGCUGUGCUUUCCGAAAUUGGAAAAGAGAAAGACGGAAAGAGGGGUGCCACUGCUCUCGCCAGAAGAGCAAAGAAAAUGGUGGCUCAACGUCGAUAUUGAUCUUGUAGAGAUCAUGAGACGUGUGGUGACGAGGGAUUCGAGUGGCCAGAUGGUCGCAACUGCCUAG